AUGAAAACUUGGAACGAUGGCAAAACGAUCGCGAUAGAGCGCUGCGUCUUACCCCUCGACGCUAGUCUGCACAAGGGGUCCUCGGGUCGAGUAGGGGUGCUGGGCGGGAGUGCCCGCUACACGGGAGCUCCUUACUACGCCGCAAUGGCUAGUUUGCAGGCCGGAGCGGAUCUAGCCUUCGUCUUUUGCGCACAAGAAGCGACUCUGCCGAUCAAAUCGUAUUCGCCAGAACUCAUGGUGGCACCCGUCUACAGCGCAUCCGAUUUCGAUCCGGUUCGGUUGGUGGAUGAUAUGGUGAAUGAAAUCGGCGACAUGCUUCCCAAGCUGCACUGUCUCGUAGUCGGACCAGGCCUCGGGCGGUGUCCGCUCGUCAUGAAAGCAGUGGCUCGCGUUUUGGAAUUGGCGCGCUCGCAGCAGCUCCAUCUUGUGCUUGAUGCCGAUGCCUUGUACAUGAUGAGCUUGCCAGUCUACCGAUCCAGUUUGAAAGGUUAUGACAGACUAGUCUUGACGCCGAACGUGGUCGAAUACCAACGACUGUUUCCCAAAAGUGAAGACAACAACGGUGAAUCGAUGGAGGAUGCGAGCGACGAAGAACUCGCUGCCGCCACGAUUGUAAGAAAAGGAGCAGAAGAUAGGAUAAUCGUGGAUCAAAGACAGGUCAUGUCCUGUGGCGAAGAAGGAGGUCUGAAACGAUCGGGUGGGAUCGGAGAUGUUCUGGCUGGGACAUUAGGGACCUUUACCUCCUGGCACGCAAUCUUAUUGGAUAGGGAGGCAGUGAGUACAGAGGAUCUCCCUCUAUCUUGCUGGACAGCCUGUUGUGCCGUCAAACGGGCAACUAAACGUGCGUUUGACGACAAGCGCCGGGCUAUGACGGCUCCCGACGUUUUGCAUCAUUUGGGGCAGGCCCUGGAUGAAAUGACUAGAGAGGACUAGCCGACAAGAUCAAUUUUAAACAUAGUGUGUAUAAUCAAGCAUAUGUUACAAUAU